CUCCCUGCUGACAAAUUCUUAUAAUAAAUAACUUCAUCAAUGGAGCUCAAGUUUAGGUCAGUCGACUUUGUUUGAAAGCAGCUCAAUGGUUUGGCCAAGAUUCUUGUGUUCUUCACCUUCCCUGUUUCUGGGUUUCGUGAUUUUCUUGGUAUCCAUUACUUGGCAACGCAUGGCAACGAGUCAGUCAGAUUUCGAAUACUAUAAUUGCCAAAAUGAACAAGGGAACUACACCGCUAACAGUACCUACAAAGCCAAUCUUGAUCACCUCCUCUCCACCUUUACCACCCACCGCCAAAUCGACUACGGUUUCUACAACCUCUCUUACGGCCAUGACCGCGAAGCUAAUGCUAUUGGUCUGUGCAGAGGAGACGUCGGGCCAAGCGAUUGCCAAACAUGCCUCAACAACACUAUAACCCUUCUCAUAGAAAACUGUCCCACCCAGAUUGAGACUAUUGGAUGGUACGACGAGUGUAUGUUUCGUUACUCCGACCGCUCCAUCUUCGGCGUCAUGGAGCCUUCCCCUGCUGUCUUUUCCUCGAGAACUCGUAAUGCUUCAGACCCAAAACGGUUCACUCAGGCGGCCAGGAAUUUGCUUGAGCAACUCACCUCUGAAGCUGCAGCGGGUGAUUCUCGUCUGAAAUUUGCCGCUGGAGACGCCGAAAUUCCCAAUUACUGGCCCAUUUAUGGGGCUGUGCAGUGCACUCCUGAUUUGUCUGCCAAUGAUUGCACCAACUGCCUGCUUGGUGCUAUUGAUCAAAUUCGAGAUUGUUGUGAUGGGAAGAUGGGCGGGAGAGUUGGAAGACCCAGUUGUAAUAUUAGAUUUGACAUCGAUCCCUUCAUUCAGAAUCGGCCGGAGUCAGCGCCACCACCGCUUAAUUUACCAAACACAACUACUACUACUACUACUACUCCGCAAGGAAACUCAUCUGGAAUAGUCGUCUUCAUUGUUGUGCCUCUCAUUGUGGUUAUCGUAGCUGCUGUCGCCCUUAUCAUCAUCAGCAUCUUCUUAAAGACAAGAAAGCUAAGGAGCUAUUCAGCUCAAAAUCUGCCUGAAGAUGAAGUUAUAAAUGCAGAGUCUCUGCAGUUCGAUUUUGACACCAUUAGAGUCGCAACCGAUGGAUUCUCCGACGAAAAUCAACUCGGGAAAGGCGGAUUUGGAGUAGUUUAUAAGGGUCGGCUUCCCGAUGGACGAAGUAUAGCUGUGAAACGACUGUUUCAGGGCUCAAAACAAGGAGAUGAGGAAUUCAAGAACGAAAUCUUGUUGGUGGCAAAGCUUCAACAUCGGAAUUUAGUUCAGCUUUUGGGUUUCUGCUUCAAACAUCAUGAAAGGCUGCUCAUAUAUGAGUUUGUAGAGAACUCCAGCCUUGAGAAAUUCCUAUUUAAUCCCAUAAAGCGUGAGCGUUUAGAUUGGAAGACUCGGUACAGUAUCAUAGACGGCAUUGUUCGAGGACUUGUAUAUCUCCACGAAGACUCUCAACUUACAAUUAUUCAUCGAGAUCUCAAAGCUUGUAACAUUUUAUUAGACGCAGAGAUGAAUGCUAAGAUUUCAGAUUUCGGGACUGCGAAACUAUUCAAUCAUGAUCAAACACAAGGAAAUACAAAAAGAAUCAUGGGCACUUUUGGAUACAUGGCUCCAGAGUAUGCAUGGAACGGUCGUUUCUCAGUGAAGACAGAUGUGUUUAGUUUUGGCGUCCUAAUCUUGGAGAUAGUGAGUGGACAAAAGAAUAAUCGAGCUCAAACCAACAAGGAGGUCGAAGAAAGUCUCGUCAGCCUUGCAUGGAGAAGUUGGGGGAAUGGGAAUGCUUUAGAUAUUGUUGAUCCUUGCUUGAGAAAUGGGUCAAGAAUGGAAAUGGGGAGAUGCAUUCAUAUUGGAUUGUUAUGUGUUCAAGCAAAUUUAGGUGCGAGGCCAACGAUGAGCACUGUGCUUCUCAUGCUCAACAAUGGGUCCUUCUCUUUGCCAACGCCCUCUCAACCUGCCUUCUUCGUCAACAGUGCUGCCUCUCGAAUGCGUGGACAAUCUCAAGGUCACAAUGAAACUCAAGGUCUAAAUGACAUGUCCAUUUCUGAGUUAUAUCCACGUUAGUUAGUCUAUUUUAGAGAACUUGUUGAUUAAGAAUGGGUCAAAGGUGACGGCUUGAAAAUGGUGCAACUUCCAACUGGUCUUCAAUGGCAACUAGUGACUCCAAAUUGAAAUGAAACCACUCAACUUUUUGCUA